AUGAAUGGAUGCCGUCACGACGCACUCACAAUCAACAUGGCCCGUGAGCAUGCGGCCACUCCACGCAGGAACACAGCAGGAAAGGGUGAGAGGGGAAAAGCAAGAAGCAGCACAACACACACGGAAGAAACAAAUUGCGGGAAAAGCAUCGCCCUGGCCGGCAACUCCACACCAGCCCUCACACACACAUACCAUCACAGUGCUGCCAGUCCGCGGGUGAGAAGAUUCGGCCCUCCACAGAACAAACGCACACAACGCCAGCAAUCAAACACCAAUGGACAAGAACGAGGAGGAACGACACACCGCCAUCACCUCCAGUUCAAUCCCACGGACAACGGGAUACAGCCACAGCCCCGCAGCCAACACAAUGCACACGGAGCGAGCAAUCACCCAAAGAGCCACACGCAGAAGCGGAUCCUCAUCCAUCCAUGA